AUGAAAUCACAUGACAAGGUCAACAAUGCAGCCCCCUCCAAGCCUUCUAAUGAACCCAAGCCUUCUUCGGAUAAACCCCAGUCCGAGAAAAACGUGGCUGGAGGUCAAGAAAGUUCAGGGAGGAGGGUAACUAGCAAAUAUUUUAACACAGACAAGCAAAAGGUGGAAGAUGAGAAAGAAACGCAGGAGCUACCUGCUAAAAGAAAGAGUGUGAAGGACAGUGAAGAUAUACCAGAGCCUAAGAAAAUUCAUGGCGAUGACUCUGUAUUGCCCGCUAAUAAAAAGAAGUUAUCUGAGACCACUCCAACAAAAAAAUUGAAGAGUGGAUCAGGUAGGGGGAUUCCCCAAAAAUCUGCAGUAUUGGAAGAAAGUGAUGAAGAUGAUAACAAAGAUGCUGUGUCUGCUGUUAAAUCUGCUGGAAGGGGUGGUGGUGGAAGAGGAGCAACUGGGCGAUCAACUGGUGGGAGAGGUAGAGGGGGUGGUAGGGGUGGAUUCAUGAAUUUUGGAGAAAGAAAAGAUCCUCCACACAAAGGAGAAAAGGAAGUCCCUGAAGGUGCUCCUGACUGUUUAGCUGGCUUGACUUUUGUGAUCAGUGGAACACUGGACAGUUUGGAACGAGAAGAAGCUGAAGAUUUGAUUAAACGCCAUGGUGGCCGUGUCACUGGAUCAGUCAGCAAGAAAACGAAUCAUCUGUUAUGUGAUGAAGAUAUUGGGGGACGGAAGUCUGAAAAAGCCAAAGAGCUAGGAACUUCCUUCCUCACAGAGGAUGGAUUGUUUGAUAUGAUUCGGGCAUCAAAAUCUGCAAAAACUCCUCCACAAGCAGACAAGAAACCUAUGAAUAAGGCUGCUGCAGUAGCAUCCCAGUCAAAAGUUUCUGCGAAAUCACAAGUUAAGGUCCCUCUGUCUUCACAGUCACCUUCUAAACAAGCCAAGCAAAAGAAUGCUACUACUGUUCAGUCUUCUGUGAUGUGGACAGAGAAAUAUCGCCCUAAAGAUCAAAAGGAUAUAAUAGGGAAUCAGUCACUUAUUGUCCAACUUCGCAAUUGGUUGAAAGCUUGGCAUGAGCAAUUUUUGGACACUGGUAACAAAAAACAGGGAAAAAAGCAAAAUGACUCUGGUUUGAAAAAAGCUGUCUUGUUAAGUGGAACCCCUGGUAUAGGUAAAACAACUUCAGCACUGUUGGUCUGUCAGGAGCUUGGUUUCCAAGCCAUAGAGGUAAAUGCUAGUGAUAGCCGUGGAAAAGCUGAUAGCAAAGUUGAAAAAGGAAUUAGUGGAAGCAAGACCAAUUCUGUUAAGGAACUUGUAACCAAUAAGUGUCUUGGUGUUAAUAUGGAACGGUCCAAGAAAUCUGUGCUCAUUAUGGACGAGGUUGAUGGGAUGUCAGCUGGAGAUAGGGGUGGUGUUGCUGAUCUUAUUGCUAGCAUCAAGAUAUCAAAAAUUCCUAUUAUCUGCAUUUGCAAUGACCGUUACAGCCAGAAACUGAAAAGCCUUGUGAACUACUGUUUGCUUCUAAGUUUUCGGAAGCCUACAAAGCAACAGAUGGCAAAGAGGUUGAUGGAUGUUGCAAAGGCUGAAGGGAUUCAAGUUAAUGAGAUUGCACUUGAGGAACUAGCAGAAAGAGUUAAUGGAGAUAUGCGAAUGGCAGUAAACCAGUUACAGUAUAUGAGCCUCUCUAUGUCAGUUAUCAACUAUGAUGACAUUAGACAACGCUUUCUUACCAAUUCAAAGGAUGAAGACAUUUCGCCAUUCACAGCUGUUGACAAGCUUUUUGGUUUUAAUGCUGGGAAGUUGAAAAUGGAUGAGAGGAUAAAUCUUAGCAUGAGUGAUCCUGAUCUUGUUCCUCUUCUUAUCCAGGAAAAUUAUAUUAAUUAUAAACCAAGCUUGGCUGGUAAGGAUGACAAUGGCAUAAAACGCAUGAAUCUGAUUGCCCGUGCUGCUGAGUCUAUUGCUGAUGGGGAUAUAGUGAAUGUACAGAUUCGCAGAUAUCGACAGUGGCAGCUCUCUCAAACUAGUUCUACUGCAACAUGCAUAAUUCCUGCAUCAUUGUUGCAUGGGCAAAGGGAAAUACUUGAACAGGGAGAACGAAAUUUUAACCGGUUUGGUGGGUGGCUUGGGAAGAACUCAACAAUGGGCAAAAACUUCAGGCUUUUGGAUGAUCUUCAUGUUCACAUUCUUGCUUCUCGGGAAUCUAGUUCAGGAAGGGAUGCCAUUCGCAUGGAAUACCUUACUCUUAUUCUUAAACAUUUGACUGAACCCUUGCGCAGCCUGCCCAAGGCUGAAGCAGUUCAACAAGUUGUGGAAUUCAUGAAUACAUACUCUAUCAGUCAAGAAGAUUUUGAUACUAUAGUAGAGUUAUCAAAAUUCAAGGGUCAUCCUAAUCCACUAGAUGGCAUUCAGCCUGCCGUUAAGUCAGCUUUGACAAAAGCAUACAAAGAGCAAAGCACAUCUCGGGUGGUUCGAGUUGCAGAUCUAAUUACUCUUCCUGGAGUAAAGAAGGCCCCUAAGAAGCGGAUUGCUGCUAUUCUUGAACCGGCUGAGGAAGGAGUGGAAAAAGGGGAAGGUGAAACCUUGGACGAAAGUGAAAAAGAGAACACCUCUGAUACAGAAGAGUUGGAAGGCACCGCCAAGGGCGAGAAACUGCAAUCAGAACUUCAAAGCUGGAAUUCAAAAGCCACGGAAGUACAGUUGGAACUGAAGGGAACGGGAAAUUCAAGCUCCAAGAAGGCAUCGGGUGGUAGAGGUAAAGGUGCUUCAACAUCUGGGAAGAAGGUUGCUCAAGCUCCAAAGACGGCUCCAAAAAGAAAGAGGUGA